UGUCUACAAGUAACGUUAGCUCCUGUAGGAAAUGUUGGAACAACGGCAGCCGGCUUCGGACCAUUGCCUUCUGGUUGGGAACAAAGAACUGCACCGGAAGGUAGGCCGUAUUUUGUGGAUAAUAACAUAAGAACAACUGCUUGGCAGCAACCUGUAUCUCAACUAGGACCACUGCCAUCUGGCCAGGAAAUGUAUUUGACAAGUACAACAAGACGUAUUUCUAAACGUGUUGAGGAUCAAUUUAAAACAUUUAUGGAAAAUUUUAAUCAACAAGAUUUGAUUUCAGUGUUUGACGAGCAUGAAUUAGAGUUACUUAUUGGAGGUAUUGCUGAAAUUGAUGUCGACAAUUGGAAGAGACCGAGGAUAUACAGAAUCAGAUGA